AUGGAUUGUCUCCCAAAAUGCGAAGCGAACUACGUGCCGCUCACCCCACUCACUUUCCUGAAGAGGGCGGCCUCCGUUUACGCCGCUCGUACUUCCGUCGUCUACGAGUCCACCCGAUUCACCUGGGGCCAGACCUAUGAGCGGUGCCUCCGUCUCGCCUCCUCUUUACGCUCCCUCAACGUCACCAAGAACGGCAUCAUACGUAUACCGUUUCCGUUUGGAAUUACUAAGUGUCUCAAAGUGUCUAUCCUGGCGCCAAACAUACCGGCCACGUACGAGGUCCACUUCGCCGUUCCGAUGACUGGCGCCAUCCUCAACACCAUCAACACCCGCCUCAGCUCCGCCAACAUCGCCACCAUCCUCCGCCACUCCGGUGCAAAGGUCUUCCUCGCCGACUGUGAGCUCAUCCCACUUGCCUGCAAGGCCCUCGAGAUCCUCGCGGCUGCCUUUGAGUCCCGUGCUGCGGCCCAGGUCAUCGUGAUCGACGACAUCGACUCACCGAUUGGGGCCCGGCUUGGCCUGCUAGAAUAUGAGGAGUGUUGA